CAUCAAGCAUCUGGGUGAGGUGCAGUGAGAAUGAAUAUCCAUAUUUUACAGCCAGGGAAACAGGGCAGACAGUUUGCAAUCAGCCUGGCUUUGUCCGUGCAGCUGCUCCAACAAGAAAAUCAGCAAGAAGAGUUUGUUUUUAGGAGACCACAACAGACCAUUUUGGCCAAAUAUCUCAUUUGGUUUUGUAUUUGCCAAAGUGAGAAAGCAAAGUGAGGAAAAUGGCAGAGUUGAAGUACAUGCCAGGAUUUGGUAAUGAAUGUGUCUCUGAAGAUCCACGCUGUCCUGGAGCCUUACCAGAAGGACAGAAUAACCCUCAGGUCUGCCCAUAUGGUCUGUAUGCAGAACAGCUCUCGGGCUCUGCCUUCACCUGCCCCAGGUCCACCAAUAAGAGAAGCUGGCUGUAUAGAAUUCUACCCUCUGUCUGUCACAAGCCCUUUAAACCCAUGGAUCAAGGCCACCUGACACACAACUGGGAUGAAGCGGAGGCUGAACCCAACCAGCUGAGAUGGAAGCCUUUUGAGAUCCCGAGAGCCUCUGAAAAAAAACUGGACUUUGUGAGCGGUUUGCACACAUUGUGUGGAGCUGGGGAGCCCAAGUCACGCAAUGGGAUUGCCAUCCACAUCUUCACCUGUAACACCUCCAUGAUUAAUAGGUGCUUUUACAAUUCAGAUGGAGACUUCCUGAUUGUGCCACAGCAAGGGAAGCUGCUCAUCACCACCGAGUUUGGCAAAUUGCUGGUGGAGCCCAAUGAGAUCUGUGUCAUUCAGCAAGGGAUGCGUUUCAGUGUGGAGGUGUUUGGAGAAACCAGGGGCUACGUGCUGGAGGUGUAUGGCGCACAUUUCGAGCUACCUGACCUGGGUCCCAUCGGGGCCAAUGGUCUGGCUAACCCACGAGAUUUCUUAGUGCCAGUUGCCUGGUAUGAAGAUCGCCAAGUAGCAGGUGACUACACAGUGAUCAGCAAGUACCAGGGCAAAUUGUUUUCAGCCCAACAGGAUUUCUCCCCAUUCAAUGUGGUGGCCUGGCAUGGGAACUACACACCAUACAAAUACAAUCUGGAUAACUUUAUGGUCAUCAAUUCUGUUGCGUUUGACCACGCGGACCCAUCUAUUUUCACUGUCUUGACAGCCAAGUCAACCCGACCUGGAGUGGCACUUGCUGACUUUGUCAUCUUCCCACCCCGAUGGGGGGUAGCAAACAACACCUUCCGGCCACCUUAUUAUCACAGGAACUGUAUGAGCGAGUUCAUGGGGCUGAUCAAAGGGCGCUAUGAAGCGAAGGAAGAAGGGUUCCAGCCAGGAGGGGGCAGCCUACACAGCAUGAUGACACCCCAUGGGCCAGAUGCUGAGUGUUUUGAGAAGGCAAGCAAAGCCAGGCUAGAGCCUGAAAGAGUUGCAGAAGGGACCAUGGCCUUCAUGUUCGAGUCCUCCUUCAGCAUGGCUGUUACCACGUGGGGCCUCAAGACCUCCAACUGUCUAGAAAAGACCUACUACAAGUGCUGGGAACCGCUAAAAAGCCAUUUUAAUCCCAGCUACAAGUAAACAGAAGUGAGCUGCUUAUGCACUCCCAUGCCAGUCACGCUGAUGGGAAACAAUCAGUGAUACCUACAGGGGCAAGGGAUGGUAAAGGAACAUCCCUCAGUACAGCGAGUGCCAUUGCACUGCAGGAAUUUCAACAGCGACUGAUUAAAUGAAUUACUC